AUAUAGUGUUGUUAUAUUUUACAUCAAAGCAAAUUUAACCAACCAUAUUUUAGGGUGUUCCUUUGUUUUCAACGGUCUCAAAAGGGUAAAUAAAAGUUGGACUUAAAAGGAACCUAAGUUUACAUCUUGAUUCUUUUGAGUUACAUCACCUUUGUAAAAAAUUUAACAAGAUUCUUUUGCCUAGCCUCAAACAUUAAGAUACAUUUUGUAAGUAAGGAAAAAAGAUAAUUAUAUAAUGAGCUUCAGACACAGAGAUAAUAAUCAAAAGGAUUCAGUUUCUCCAAAGGGAGAGAGGGAGAUUGACACAAGGGCACCAUUCCAAUCUGUCAAAGCUGCUGUUAGUUUGUUUGGUGAAGUCUGUGUCAACAAGGACAAACGUAAUAAUUCGAUCAAGAGACGAUCGUCCGAGAAUGUAUUGGAAAAGGAGACUCAACUUCUAUUGGCUCAAAGAGAAUUGAACAAGAUAAAGAAACGGCUAGAAAGUGCUGAGACUACAAAAGCUAAAGCACUUUCUGAACUUGAUAAGGCCAAUGUGACACUUCAAGAAUUGACAAAGAAGCUCAACAGUGUAAGAGAAUCAAAGCAAUCUGCAAUGGAAGCAUGUGAGGUUGUGAAGAAUCAAGCAAAAGAACUCGAAAAGGCGCUGUCACAAAAAGCUAUAGGAUAUGAAGCUUGGAAACAAGAACUAGAACAUGCAAGAAAGGAGUACACUACAACUGUAAAGAAACUAGAUGCUUCCAAGCAAGAACUCAAUAAAAUUCGGCAGGAUUUCGAUGCAGCCUUGGAGGCGAAACUGGCUGCAUUCCAAAUGGCAGGAGAAGCUCAGCGUUCGGCAAAACUGAACUCGGAAAAGAUCAAUGAACUGUCAAAGGAAAUUGCAACUAUGAAAGCAUCAACUGAACAAUUCAAGGUAGCCACUACACAAGCACAACAAGAACAAGUAAAAGUCAUAGGAGAAAGAGAAGAAAAGUUUAACUUCUACAAAAAUGCAAAGGAAGAAGUGCAUCAGAAAUUGAUGGAUCUAAAGAAUGAGUAUGAUCCUGAAUUAACACAAAGUCUAGAGGCUAAACUUGCCGAGACAACCGUCGAGAUUCAAGCUCUUCAAGAGCAGAUGAAAGAGGCUCGCGAUUCUGAGAUGGAUUCAGUGAGUGUAAUUAAUUUGGAGAUAAAAGAAGCCACAAAUACACUGCAAGAAAUUUCUGAAGAAGAAACUUCACUGAGAAACCUAGUGGAUUCCCUUAAAGCAGAGUUAGAACAAGUGAAGAAAGAACAAGAGGAACUAAAGGAGAAAGAACAAGCAGCAGAAGCUCUAGCUGUUAACCUCACGGAUGAACUACAAAGUAGCAAAAAAAAUGAAGAUUCUCUUGAUAACAAAGAAUCAAAUGAGAGUUAUUGUCAAGACAUAGACUUGAAAAUCAAGCAGCUAUCGUUCGAGAAAGAAAACGCGAAAAAAGAAGAAGAAGAGAUGAGAAUAAAAGCUCAGGAACUGAAACAAGAAGCUGACAAAUCAAGAGUUUUGUCUGAAGAAAUAGAAGGGAAACUAGAGCUUUUACUGAAACAAGCUGAAGAAGCAAAAGCAGCUGAAAAAAGGGCUGUUGAGGAGAUGAAGUUGUUGUCUGAUAACACACAAGGUAGAGUCUCAGUUUCAGAUCCAAGUGGUAAGAUCAUAUUGACAGUUGAUGAAUUUGCUGCACUAAGUGGUAAAAUCAAGGAAUCUGAGGAUUUGAUUGAGAGGACGGAAACCGCUGCAAUGGCUCAAGUGGAAGCAAUCAACACAAGAAGAAUUGAAGUGGAGAAAAAAGUGGAAGCUAAUCUUAAAGCAAUCGAAGAAAUAAAGGCGGCAACAGAUAUGGCUUUGAGGAAUGCAGAGAUGGCAGAUUCGGCGAAAGUAGCAGUUGAAGGCGAAUUAAAGAGGCGGCGCCAAGAAGAACAAAAAGGUGUAUCUUCUGAUUUGGAUUUCUCAGAUAGUUUUUCAAGACCAAUUUCUCUACGCACCUAGAAGUUUUUUUAAGUCUUUCAAAUAUCAGAAUAGAUAGUUCUUAAAUGGUUUUUUUUUUUUUUGUCUUUCUCUUUGGAGUUGAGAGGUUACUUGCAAUACAAGAAUCACUUAUGUUUCUAUCAUCAACAAAACAUUGUGCAAAUGUGAAUGCUAAUUGUCAAUAUCUUGGUUUCUUUGAGUU